AUGACCCUCCUUCCCUGCGCUGUUCUCUUAUGUGCUCCGUUCGUUCGCGCUUCACUCCCCAGUCUCAACGACACCAGUUUUCAUACACUUGAUGCUAGCAACUGUCCAUCCUGCAAUACCAGAACCUUGUGGGACAUCCUCUUGAGCUGUGCCUUAACUUUGUUUGCGUGCACAUGGACUGCCAUUCAUCCUAACAUCCCGGGUAUGAACGAGAGCAAAGUCGCCAUUACUUCGCGUCGUCUAUUUAUCAUGGUCAUAGCGCUGAUCGCCCCAGAACUCAUGAUUACAUGGGCUACGCGGCAGUUUUUCAGCGCUCGAUGGACAGUAACCCAUGGGUUUUUCGCAUGGAUGGGUGGAUUUAUGCUCUACGUUAAUGACAGGCCGCGAGCUACUCUUACUCCCCAUGAGCUCAUGAAAUUUGUUCGUAAUGGAUCCGUGGAUAUGCCCGUCAUCACAGAGGCAGAGAUAGAAGAUCGAAGUAAGGGGGAUGGACUGUCCAAAGGUAUCGCUGUUCUUCAGUUGGCGUGGUUCAUCGCCCAGCUCGUCGCCCGAUACAUUCAGAACCUUCCGAUUACCCUGCUUGAAAUCGACACUCUGGCUGUGGCUGUUCUGACUUGCAUUGCUUAUGCUUUGUGGUGGAAGAAGCCUAAGGAUGUAGGUUGUCCCUAUAUUGUUCAUCUGAAAGCAACUGCAACUUUGCCAGACCGGUUAUCCUAUGAGUACGUCAUUAAGAGACAUGUCAUCCGUCCUUUUGUCUGCCUUAUGGGCAUCACGGCAAAAGCCUCCGCCCGUUCUCGUCGUGUUCCAUCUCUAGGUGGCUAUGCUAAUAGCUUUGACUACCACCAGUACGAUGGCAGGGGCCUGCUGACUACGUAUCCUGUUGGUGAGAUCAUACUUUUCAUUGGAUGUUUUAGUGGGAUGGUGUUUGGAGGGGUACAUUGUCUUGGUUGGGAUUACUUUUUUCACAACCAAGUGGAGCACAUAUUAUGGCGUGCAACUUCCCUUCUGAUAAUAUGUGCGCCUGUAGUUAUUUCGCUUGAUGCUCUGGCAAUCAUGUGGCACAAGCCCACUCCAAUGAUAUUCGGAUUUUCCCUUGGACAGAUUGCUGCUCUCAUAUAUAUCACUGCACGCGUUACGCUAAUUGUACUUAUGAUUAUGAGCUUACAAUCACUACCUACUGGCGUAUAUAAUACUGUAGCUUGGACUACGUUUAUUCCGCAUUUGUAG